CCGCACUUUUUUUUUUUUUGUUUCUUUUCUUUUUCAUUUUAUUCUCUCUUUCUUUAUCUAUACAAACAUAGAUUUGUUAUAACAGUUUACUUAAAAUAUGGAAAUCGAUACUACUACACCACCUGACUUUAUGGAUGAAGAUCCAGUCAACACCACAGCUAUGGAAGAAACUGAUUUAUAUUCUGUCGCUGUUUUGAUUGACGAACUAAAACACGAAGAUAUUCAAUUCAGACUGAACUCUAUUAGCAAAUUAGCCAUCAUCACCGAAGCCCUUGGUCCAGAAAGAACAAGGGAUGAACUUAUUCCUUUCUUACAAGAACUAAUCGAUGACGACGACGAAGUUCUUGUAGUUCUUGCUCAUGAACUUGGUCAACUUACCAAUGCUGUUGGAGGUCCUCAACAUGCUCAUGUAUUACUUCCUCUCCUUGAAAAUCUAUCUGCAGUAGAAGAUGUUUCUGUUAGACAAAAGGCUGUUGAAUCUCUUUGUCAAGUUGCUAAUGUCUUGACCGAACAACAGUUAUUGGAACAUUUUAUUCCUUUAUUGAAACGAUUGACUUUGGGUGAAUGGUUUACUUGUCGUACUUCAGCUACUGGUCUUUUUGCUGCUAUCUAUCCCAAAUGCUCCAAAGAUACUCAAGUUGAACUUAAAGGUCUAUUCAAGCAACUGGUAGAAGAUGAUAGUCCUAUGGUUCGACGCGCUACUGCCAAAGCCUUGGGUGUUUUCGCUACCAAAGUUUCCAUUGAAGAUGUAUUCAGUACAGUUCUCCCUUUAUUCCAAACAUUAUCUGAAGAUGAUCAAGAUUCUGUACGAUUACUUGCUGUUGAAAACUUUACACCUUUCGCCGGAUUUUUCAGCAAUGAACAAAAAACCCAACAAUUAUUACCUAUUUUCAAACGACUAGCCGAAGAUAAAGCCUGGCGUGUUCGUUAUAUGAUUGCAUCAAAUUAUGUAGAGAUUUCUCAAGCCUUUGGAGAUUCACUCGAGGAGGAAUACUUUACAACAGCCUUUAUCAAUUUACUCAAGGACAAUGAAGGUGAAGUUCGAACUGCUGCUGCAAGUCAACUUCCUGGUUAUGCCAAACUCGUGGACAAAACCGUCAUUUUGGAUAGAUUACUACCUUGUGUUCGUGAUCUAGCUGUAGAUGAAAAUCAGUAUACUCGCGCUGCUCUUGCAAAGGAUAUCAGUGGAUUGGCACCUAUUGUUGGUCAAGAAGCAACUACCGAAUAUCUUUUGCCUACAUUUUUGCAACAACUUACUGAUGAAUUUCCCGAUGUGCGACUGAAUGUGAUUUCAAAUCUAGAUGUGAUCAAUAAAGCUAUUGGUGUGGAACGAUUAUCUCAAGCAUUACUUCCAGCUAUUAUGGAGCUUUCCGAAGAUAAACAAUGGCGUAUUCGUUUGGCUAUCAUUGAAUACAUCCCACUUUUGGCAAAACAAUUUGGACCUACCUUUUUUGAAGAAAAAUUAUUGGAUCUAUGUAUGUCUUGGCUUCGAGAUCUUGUAUUCUCUAUUCGAGAAGCAGCCACCAUCAAUCUACAAAAGUUGACAGAUGUAUUUGGUCCUGAAUGGGCUAAGGCAGUGAUCAUUCCUCGUGUAUUGAAAAUGACAAUGGAUGAAAACUACCUUCAUAGGAUGACUACAUUAUUUGCUAUGACAGCUAUGGCAGAAUCUUUAUCAGUACAAGUGAUUCGUGAAGAUGUAUUACCUACGGUGAUCAGCUUAUCCAAUGAUCCUAUCCCAAAUAUUCGAUUCAACGUGGCCAAGUCAUUGGAGACCUUGAUACCCUUACUGAAGAAGAAUGAAUCAGCAGCUGGAUUAUAUGAAACAACUGUCAAACCUGCCUUGGAAAAGCUUAGUGAAGAUAUGGAUGGUGAUGUCAAGUUUUUUGCAUGUCGUGCUUUGGAAUGUGGACAACAAUAAACUGUGGUGAUUAUUCAUUAGUAAUAGUUUGACUUCUUUUUAUUAUUAUUAUUAUUAUUAUUAUUGUUAUUAUUGUUAUUUUUAUUAUUAUUACUACUAUUUGGCGGUUUUGAAGACUUUGGUCAGCGUGAAAGAUAAAUAACAAAAAAAAAAAAAAGGGGUUGUGUUUAUACAGUUAAUUUCCUUUUUCGGGACUUUUUUUUUUGUAUUGAUCUUGUCUCUCUUAUUGGUUUAUCGUUUUACUUUAUCUUUUUUUCUACUAUUUGUAUUCAAUUGGAACCAAAUAAAAGAAAAAAAAAAGGAUUGGGAAGACUCUAUAGUGGAUG